AUGGUAUCUUCGAUUGGCCGUAUACUCGUACAUCCAGAAGAUCCAAAUCUCGUUCUGGAGCUUACUGAUGAUGGCGACGUGAGAAUCUUCGAUCUAUUGGCUACUCCGAAGGCUGAUGUCGCAGCUGGUGCGAUCAGUAGUGGUGGUAUUAAGGAUGCCUGUUGGCUCCCGGCUAAGUGCGGUGAAGCUGUGUUCAUCACUGUCACUGCGACGGGCCUGGUGAAAGCCUACUCGGCUCUAUUGUGUUUGCUCGCGCCCCCACCCAAGCCCCAGCCCGAGCCCUUACAGAUCCGUUCUGUACCGGAACUUGCAUUCAUGGGAUCCAUAACUGCCCUGUGUGCUACUACAUGUAAUGUUAUAGGCUUUACUUUCGCUGAUGGCGUUGUUAGGCUGUUUAAGCCUAGAUUCAGAGAAGUGAGUGGCCAUGACCACACACUAUGGUUGGACAUUAUCAAGAUCAUUGGCAGCCGUCCUGGCAGUCCGAUGGCUAUAUGCAGUCCGACGUGCUAUGCCUACUGUCAUGCCCAACAGGACUCCGUGGUCUUGGAGGGCUUCGGCUCGCAGAGGGCACGGAAACAUUGUGAGAUUGACUACCCCGAUGGAGCUGUAGGGGUAGUUAGUCUGGCAGCUACUACUGACGUACUGGCCUUGGUCUUUGACCUUGGUAUGGGGAAGUGCCAGCUAUGUACUUAUUCAACGUAUGAGGUGCCGCCUAGUCUAGUCCACUCUGAUGUGUUCGAUAUGACCGAGAUCAAAGGGCCACUGCACAUCAACAGUAUUAGAGACACCAAUGCAGUUGUGAUGGUCAUUAGCUCCUCGAGAAUCGUUGUCCGAUCACGAACGUAUGCGGAGGGUGAGCGAUGGGUUACCCUUGGGAUCUCCAACCCUCCUAAGUGCUGUGCUCUAAUACCUCAACUAGAUGGUAUGGGCUGGGACCGUUGCCUUGUCGCCGGUACGCCCACUGAAGAUCUUCGAAAUGAGACAACUAGGAAGUUGUCCCGAUCUAGUCUACCCUUGGAGGAUUCUAACCCAGUCAUAGCUCUACACAGAUCUCUCGAUGCGGCCUUUGCACACACGGAGUAUUUGCCGUCUUGGUGCCUAGAGUUCGCUGACGAGAAUGAGGUCGAGCGGCUGGUCACUGAUGGCCCGUCACGUCGCUUCUAUAUCAAGCUUGCGUUUGUCCUCUCAUCAAGGCACAGGAAGGAGUGCGAGGACUUGGGCAUAGCAGUGAACACUGAAGACUGCUUCCUCGCAUCCAUUGGGGCAUCCCAGGACUAUUUGACCCAACUGGUCACUCGGGCUGCCCCCACUGAUGACAUCGACGCUGAGCUCUGGAGCACAUUCUUUCGCCGACUGGGCGUUGGCUUCUGGGCCCACUCAUUAACCUUGCUACGGUCUACUGUACUCAAUUUGCUAUUGAAACGCUCCCUCGUGAAGUACCGCAGGACGAAGGAGCUGUCGGUCAUUGAGGAUGAGAGCGCACUGUGGUUGGCCUUACUCGGACGGCAGAAGGUUCUGGCGUCACUUUACAGACAGCAUGCGCAGCUCUUCCAGGAUCCUAAGGCCAUGCGGGUGUCCAGGUUCCUGGCUAUGGACUUCACUAUACCUGAGAAUAAGCGUAUAGGCUCCAAGAACGCCUUCGAGUUGAUUCGGCAGAAGCGGCAUUCAAUGGCAGCCGCGGUGUUCUUGCUCAUUGGAGAUGUUCAAUCAGCUGUGAACGUGGCCACACGGUACAUUGAGGAUGUCCAACUGGCCAUCCUGUUCUGUCGGUGCUCCAUAGCUGAUGGUGCUAUGACCAAGGACCAGGUCUGUGACUUGAUGGCUGACAAGCUGUCGAUGUUUGAUGCAUGGGUUGACUACUGGCGCCUCUGGUCAUCUCACGACUAUGCCGAGCUAGCUCGUAAAUUGGCACAUCCUGGCUCCCAGGACCUCGCAGCUACUGGAUCCGCUGACUUCGAUUCUACACUUGGUGUCCUCCCUACUCCACCGCAUCUUAACACAUGCCCUAGAAGGGAUAUUUUUGAAUAUCUCUCCAGUAUGGUACCUGCCUUUGGAGUUGAAGCUUCGGACCUUGAAGUACAGGAUACCCCUAGCAGUGUGGUGACCACUCGUCUGCUCGGCCGAGGCUUGGCUGCUCUGUUGCCAGCAGCUGCCGAGGACUCGGAUUUCACCAGCCCUGUUCAUUGGGCGCGGAGAGCCUCCAUCAUCUUUGAUGAGUUCCUGACUCCACGCAAAGCCUCGAAGAUGCCACAUUUCAUCCCCGGCAAGCCUCUUAAUCCUCCUAUUGGUAGCGACCUUCAGAGCUAUUGGAUACGUCGUGUCCGAGGGGCCUUACUGGACCCAAGGCUACAUCCCAUGCCCCCAGCCCCUGAGCUGUGGUCUAUACUAUCGAGAGUGACCAGGACGUCGAAGGGUGGUUCACUGUUGCCAAGCUGGGCAGCUGAGCUCACAUCCAUGGUCCUCGCUGGUAUUGGGGACUGGUCAACCAGCGUGCCCGAGAUACAGGAGGCAGCCGCGGCGGUGGUCUUAAGUGAACUUGAAAGGCUCCUACUGGAGCAUGAGGCAGCUGCCAAUGGCACUGUUGAGAAGAAGGAAGCUGACGAUGCGAGGCUUACCCUCGCUGAACACUACACUGGCGUCUUGUUAGAGCUCCUACAGCCAGGGUGUUCACCCCAGGUGGCCGUUGGUGCACAUGCUGCGCCUCUUCCUUGCUUGAGUGAAUCGGCAGCUCCCCACGCCAUGCGGUUGCGGUCACUCGUGGUUUGCUCUCUCGUUUUGGAGAGGGUUCUGAGCCCACCGAAAGGGUCUCCUGAGUUGACUGUCUAUGAACGGCAGUAUCAACUGCUGGUCAGAUGGCACUUGAAAACGCACAUCUACGAAGCCAUCAUGGAGCCAGAUGUCGUGCAGGCCGAUAAGGCGGACGAACUGGUCCGAGAGCAUCCAUUAGAGAGAGCCUUAGAAGCCUGGAGGCGCAUCAAGCUCCUUCAAAGUUCCUGCCCGGUGUAUCGUCAACCUCUUGACCAAGACAAGGAGUCUCUGCCUAAAUCGCUCCCUCUGACGGGUAUAAGGAGACAGCUAGAGUGGCACUCAGUCACUGGCCUGUGUCUGGACAGGUCAACCGGUGCCUCUCUGAGGUUGGCAGUAUCAGCACGGCAUGAGGAGGGUCUUGUGAAGGUCAUUGAUUUGCCGCAGCUUCUCCGGUCAUCGUCACCGGUGUGUAGGACUAGAAGGAGGAGGAGGAGCUACGACGAGAUCUCCCCGGAGGAGUAUUACCGCGAUGACUCUCAGUGGCGUAUGGAUAUCGAAAGGUCUGUUAUAAACUCCAACACCAACCUCCCUGUUGGCACUAAGAUAGUCCCGAGUGAGAGGACCAUGAGAUCUGAUUCCCAGCUAGGAUCUGGUUUGCCUCUUCGUCCUGACUGCCGCCUUUAUGCUAGAGAUGUGAUGCUCCUCUCCUUGGGGAUUAACUGGUCCUUGAAUGAUAACGCUGUGGCUCGUAUGUUUGAUAAUAUGGAUGCUUCUGAUGCUAGUGCUGAUGAAUUAUCGGUUUCUAAUUCUCUCGCCGCCCACCCGACGGCUAGUGUUUUUGCCUCAGCGACUGGCACUGGGCUCCGAGUAUGGUCCUUCGGAUGCCCAUCUAUUGACGAGCCCGCUCGUCCAUUAUGUAUGUUUGAGUCACCACAUCACCUGUUCUCGCGUGAUAGCGUCCGCAUCGCAUCGUGGUCUGAUGAUGGAGGUAUGCUAGCAGGAGUCAGCAAGAAGGGCCGCAUGUCUUUAUGGUCCACUUGCCGGGCAGACAAACCCAUUAUUUCCUUCAAGUCGCCUUAUAUCAGAGCAAACGAUGUGAAGGCGCUGACGCCCUCGGGUUCUUUAAUGCUCCUCUGUGGGCGUGAGACCUCAGACGGCUCUGGUGGUGCCGCUAUGAUUGACUGCAGAAGCCCCGAGUUGGUGGUCCGCAAGUGGGAGGCAGGGCCUGGUCGGGAGUAUACAUGCGUAUCUGGGUUGUCUACUCCUCAUCAUCUGCAACUUGGUACCUGCGAUGGACGAGUUGUCAAUCUGGACACUCGGGCAGAGGGCCGAUGCAAAACGGCGAUGCUGUACACCAAUGGUCAUGAACGAAGCCCUGCUAUCUACAGUCUACUCCGCUACGGCCCCACCCAUGAGGGUGUGGUAGCGGUAACACAUGGGAGUGCCGUGGGAGUUAUCCAAGCUGGUAGAAGCGAAGGGUCGUUCGACUCGCAGUACACCAUGCACAAGGGUGGUAUGAAGUCCUCCGUCCAAGCUGCCUUCAGUAAGAUCGGCCCAAAGCUGGUAGCGGCUGCUGAUGCCUGUGGGACUGUCGCUAUCACAGCUGGGACUUCCGAUGAACAGAUAUUAUUGCAUAGACUGCCUUAACUGAUACUGUACGAUUAUCCUUUUAAAUAUAGUGUUCCUCUACA